AUGCCUACGGUUGAGAUUCUCGAAGUCCCCCUGAAGCCGGGCAGCAACAUCGGAGAUCCCAACAAUGAAGCAGCAGUGGUUCUCAAAGAAGUCUCUGAUGGCCUCCAUGACGCCCCCGGUGUGCAGCACAUGCACUUUGGAAUGCAAGUAGAGAAGCCUGAAGUAUUCCAACUGGUCGUCACCUGGGACAAUCUCGACUCCUACAAGACGUUUGUGAGCAGCGAAGCCGCUCAGCCUUUCCUGCAAAAGUUCAGAAGCGUUUUCGCAGGAGCUCCAACCAUCUACCUUGCAGRUGUUGAGCCCGCAGGCGAAAUCUUGAAGGCCCUCAGUGCUCCGAUCACAGAAAUCGCCACUUUCUACUUUGGUUCUGAAGCUCCAGAGGGAUAUCUUGCCGGUGUGCAGAAGUUUCGCGACGCUGCCGACAAGGAGCCCUUUGAUGCCAUGCACGCCAGUGCAAUUGGACUCACGCAUGAUGAUAUUGAGAGAGAGGGUGUGAAGGGAAAGGGCGCGGUUCUGUUGAUUGGAUGGGACAGCGUCGAAAAGCACAUGGAGUUCCGCGAGCUGGAGGUGUUUAAGCAGAAUGCGGGAGCCUUGCGUGCUGGCGUACAGAAAGCCGAGGUGCAUCAUGUGCAACUCCUGAAGGUUGCGUCGAAGCAGUAG